GCCAGGUGCAAAGAACGUAGAUGAGCAACAGAAAAGCAAACGAAAUGGAAUGAAGGAACAACAAUAAAAGAAUCGCUACUUUGUAGUAUUAUUAACCAAAAAAAAGCGCGGCGCGAUCACAAUGUUUCUGACUGCGAACGGUGUCGGUUGUCUCUACUGCGUGUGAGCCGAGUGGAGCGCAGCGCCGCGAAUUGUUUACAUUGUGCUAGGAAAAUCACAACAAACAAACCAGCAAACAGUCUCGACUGACAAUAACAAUAACAAUAGCAAAUAACAUGCAAAUAAAAUGCAUUUCAAGCCGCGCAAAUACUAAAUACUGAUUCAAAUGAAACGCACUAUACGAUGACCAUUUAAAAGAAUCGCCAAGCAGGAGGAAGCGAAAAGAAUUCGAAAAGCGCAAAGCGAGCCGAAGAAAGUGUACAAAAUCAGGCCAAACCGAUUUGUUUUUUUUUUUUUUUUUUUUGUUCUGUCGUAUUUUCCCUUCUUUUUUCUACCGUUUUUUUUUGUGUUUUUGUUGUGGUGGGCGGUCGCUUCUCUUUUCGCGCAAGAACAACAAAUGAGGUGGAGCAGCGCCUGACAAUGGAAUUUCUGGAGAACCUGUACAAAACGCUGCACUCCCUGUUGUCCUCCUACAUCGAUCUGGACUAUUCGCUAUGGCUAUAUCGCUUCCUCACCCCCCUGAUUGUCACCUUUCUGCUGCCGCUGGUCUUCGUGGCCCUCAUCUACAUUUCGUUCCUGGUGCUAUUCAUCUACAAGCUGCACAGGCAGGUAAUAAUGCGCGCCGUGCAGGGCGAUCGCAAUUUUUGGCGAGUGGGCCGCAAGAUAGUGGCCGCCAUUUGGGAUGCACAUGCUCGGAUCUAUCAUGGCUACGAGGUGAUCGGAUUGGAGAAUGUGCCACAGGAGGGACCGGCGCUGAUUGUCUACUAUCAUGGCGCCAUACCCAUCGAUAUGUACUACUUGAAUUCGCGAAUGUUGCUGCAGCGCGAGCGUUUGAUCUACACGAUCGGCGAUCGAUUUCUGUUCAAGCUGCCCGGCUGGGGCACCAUCUCUGAGGCAUUCCACGUCAGUCCCGGCACGGUGCAGUCGUGCGUUAGCAUUUUGCGGGAUGGCAAUCUGCUGGCCAUUUCGCCGGGCGGCGUUUAUGAGGCACAGUUCGGUGAUCACUACUACGAGCUGUUGUGGCGCAAUCGUGUCGGUUUCGCCAAGGUGGCCAUCGAGGCAAAGGCGCCCAUCAUUCCCUGCUUUACGCAGAAUCUGCGCGAGGGCUUCCGUCAGGUGGGCAUCUUUCGGACGUUCUUCAUGCGACUGUACAAUAAGGUGCGCAUACCGGUGUAUCCCAUCUACGGUGGCUUUCCCGUCAAGUUUCGGACGUAUCUGGGCAAGCCUAUACCCUACGAUGAGAACCUAACCCCGCAGGAUCUGCAAAUCAAGGUGGCUACGGCUAUCGAGGAUCUGAUCAAUCAACACCAGCGACUGCCCGGCAGCAUCCUGCUGGCUCUGCUGGAUCGACUGCCCACGUUUAGGCGACGCGUACGGCGGAAGGAGGAGUGAUCCAUGAUCGUUUAGCGCAUAGAGAGAUUAACAGAUUGAGCUUGGUCCUGGCCAUACAAAACAGACUUUGUUCCAUGUACUUGAUGACAGUACUUCAUGGCAGCGCCAUAUAUGCAUAUAUCUCACUUUGUAAAUGCCUACCCAGAACUUUUGCCUUCGAGUUGAUUGCGAUCCGGACGAGCUGUGGCUCGAGUAUGAGUGAUUCGAUUAGCCCUUUAGAUAUGACUAAGCACUUGAGUUAAGCAGCGAACAAAGAGGAACUGCAUCCUCCAGCUAAAUGUUUUGUAUAUGCAUGCAGAGUGUCUCCUCGAAGGAGGCACAUGCCACUUGACCACUUUCCCUUCUUUCAUCCGCUUUCCUUUUAGCAUAAAUGUAGGCACAUUAAGCAAUUAUGUCGCUAGUUUUCCAUUAGGUAUAUCAUUUUUGUACCUUUUUUAAUGCAACAGUAGAAUGAAAUACGAUUUACAUAUAUGUAUGUAUGUAUGUAUCAUCAGCCUGCGUGUGUGUAUGUGUGUGUGUGUGCGAUUGUGUGUGUGUACUAUAUAGUUAAGAAAAUCGUGUAUAAUAUAGCUAUAACACCGGAGUAUUCCCAGCGACAGGAAUUUUCAAUAGAUCUAUGGAAUAAAAGUGGAAAAACUG